GGCUUUGAUAAUUUGACAACGACAACGUGCUUAAUGUUUUCAUUUCAUUUUUCGUAACUCCAUGUAAAAAACUUCUAUUUAAAAUGGAUAUAAGCGCAGCAGGAGCCGGAAAAGUGCAAAUUCGUCUUUUUACCAAACAAGAACAAUAUGCUUUACCAGACGUUCCCUACACAAUCGAUGCUAAUGUACUACCAACCGACCUUAACAAUUUGAUAAAUACUUUGUUGGAACAAUCUAAUGUUAAAUCAGCCUUCUUCGAUUUUCUUAUACUCAAUCAGUACCUUCAGGGUACAUUAAUUGAACAUGCGAAAAAUAACAACUUUUCAUUUGAAAAUGUUAUUGAAAUUGAGUACGUUGAAAAAUAUCCCGCUCCUGAACCUCAAGAUUGUCUUCUGCACGAUGAUUGGGUAUCGGCGGUCAAAACACGAGGAAAUUGGAUCCUUACUGGGUGUUAUGAUAACACAAUUAAUAUUUGGACGACUAAAGGGACUCAUGUUCUAACUAUUCCUGGACAUAGUAUGCCAGUCAAGGCUUUAUCGUGGGUCAGCUUAAAUGAAAAAGAAGCACAUUUUGUGAGUGUAUCGCAAGAUCAAACAGUGGUUUUGUGGAAAUGGAACAUUGCUGAAAAUACUGCAAGGUCAUUAUGCAUUUACAAAGGACAUCAACGUGGUGUUGAUUGCGUCGAUGUGAGCCAAGAUGCUCGAAGAUUUGCAACUGGAAGCUGGGAUACGGUACUGAAAAUAUGGUCUACUGAAUGUCAAGACGAGAAUGGGGACUCCUUUAUGAAAAAUGCAUCCGAAAACUGCCCUACCAAGGCACCAUUAAUGAGUCUUCAAGGGCACAAAGAAUGUAUAUCGGCUGUGCAAUGGAUAGACUCUGAAACUCUUCUAAGUGGUUCCUGGGAUCAAACUAUAAAAAUAUGGAAUCUAAGCUUAGAAGGAAUACAGUCCGAAAUUACGGCCAAUAAAUCAUUCUUCGAUGUGAGUUACUCCCCAUUAAACAAGCUUAUCAUCACUGCUUCAGCAGAUAAGGAUUUGCGGCUUUAUGAUUCACGAUCAAAUCAGGGUCCAGUUAUACGUAGCACGUAUUUUGGUCAUACCCAAUGGAUUCAAUCUGUAACUUGGUCGACGACUGAUGAGCAUCUCUUCCUUUCGGGAGCGUAUGAUAAUAAAAAUAAACUUUGGGAUUUGAGGAGUACAAAAGCUCCCCUUUAUGAUCUCAUGGGUCAUAGCGAUAAGGUGUUGGACGUCGAUUGGUCUAAUCCAAAAUAUCUUGUUUCAGGUGGAGCAGACAAUACAGUGCGUAUAUUUAAAUCCAAAAAAGCGCUUAAAACGAAUGAAUAAAAGUAUAAGAGAACAAAA